GCUUGAGUCCUGGAUAGUCGUGGAGGAGUCUGCUGUUGUUUCAUUUUUGUCAUGGCUGCUGUUCAAACCGAGGUUUCACUGUGCUUGCAACCAUGGCACAGGCCCCUGUACAUCUAUGGGGGGUUGGCAUGCAACUCACUGAUGGCUGACUUCCUGUCGGACAGAACUCCUCUCCAUGAAGCUGCCUACCAGGGCAGACUGCUACAUCUGAGAAGUCUCCUCGCUCAGGGCUUCCAGGUAGACACACCCACCAUGGACAGAGUCUCUCCUCUCCAUGAAGCUUGCCUUGGUGGCCACUAUGCUUGUGCCAAGUUCCUGCUGGACAACGGUGCAAAUGUGGAGGCAGUAUCAACAGAUGGCGCCACACCUCUCUUCAACUCCUGCAGCAGCGGGAGUGCUGCAUGUGCCAGGCUCAUCUUGCAGCACAGUGCCUCCAUCCACACCCCCUACCAGCUAGCAUCACCCAUCCAUGAAGCUGCUAAGAAAGGUCACAGAGAGUGUCUGGAGCUGCUGCUGUCGUACGGAGCUCAUAUCGACAUGGAGCUGCCAGUGGUUGGGACGCCGCUGUAUUCUGCCUGCAUGGCCCAGGCUGCAGCCUGUGUAGAGCUGCUGCUACACUCAGGAGCAGAUGUACGAAUAGGGUGUGGGAAGGACAGUCCGUUACAUGCUGCAGUUCGAGUUGGAGGAGCCAACGUAGUGGAUCUUCUGCUGGACUUUGGGGCCGAUGGAUUUUGUAAAAACGCAGAGGGAAAGACUCCACUGGAUCUGUCGUCACCAAACAGCGCAGUGAAAAUUGCACUGCAGAGAAGAGGUCCCUGCCCUCUGUCUCAGCUCUGUCGGUUCUGUAUUCGCCGAAGUCUGGGAAGGAGUCGUCUCCACAGAGCCUCCAGCCUCUUCCUUCCUCACAGUAUCAAAGACUUCCUCCUCUACCAAUGAGAUGUCUCUGCCUGUGGCUCUCCGUGUGCCACGUAUGCUGAGUUGUCCUUCACAUUUGUGCCUUGUCACUGACUAACAAGUGAAAAAAAGACAUCCACAUUUGGACAAUAGGAUUAUGUUUCCUCAGUCAUCUGUAUUUUCUAAUACAGUUGCUUGUAAUAUUAUAAUAAUGUUAUAUUAAGCAUGGGAAGUUUCAUUCAUAUUGCAGUGACUAUAAUGGAUCAGGUUUUGUAUUUUUAUACCACUUUCCAUUUUGUGUCCAUGGAUUUUACAUUAUUCAAAAAUGCUUUUAAAAGGAAACUCCAGAUUAAAGUCUGUUGUUGGGGAGGGCCCCUGCAUAUGAGGAAAAUGUUGCAUAAAGCCUGUUGUGGCUCCAGCUGCAAGAAAUCUGAUAAAUUACCUCAAGUGAUGUAACUUGAGUCAGUGUCAGUUUAAGUCGUGUAUGAAAGAAGUGAGUGUACCAGACCUCUGUGCCCGCUCUUUGUCUCUAACACUACUAGCAUAACACAUCUAAAAGGAAGAGGAAUGUGUGGAACAAAAUCAAAGGACCUCACAAAAUUGGUAAAAAGUGUAAAUCUCUGUAUCCAUAUUUUUGGUGAUGAUUCGGUGAGAAAGAACAGCCUAGCCAUGUCAGUAAGCGUUGCCAUCAUGUCGGUAUCUGUACUCUACAAUACAGAGCAGAAAUAGACCUGAACCACUUUUUUCAAGUUUUCCAACUGUCUGUGCGCAAAUUAACAUAAUCUUUCUGUAGUGUUUUAGUUUGGCUUUUCAGAGAUAAAGUUAUUUUCCAGUUGGUAUGAAGGCUACCACCUGAAUGUUACUUUGUUUGUUAUUUGAUCUGUAUGCUAUAGCUGUUAGCAUUAAACAUUUGUAUUGUGA